AUGAAAGCCGCUGGAAUGAACCUUCGUAAAUGGACGAGCAACAGCGUGAACUUACAAGUCAUGUUUGAUGGUGGGAUAUCCUGCGAGGCAACAUCAUCGGUAUCAGAGAUCUUGAGUCCACAAAAGAUUCUGGGAGUGUCGUGGGAUAAGGCACGGGACUUGCUGCAAGUGUCCUCGAAGUCUUUGUUUACCUUCCUCCUGGAGACAGGCGACACAAAAAGGUUCGUCUUACAAGCCUCUUCUAGGGUCUUUGACCCCUUGGGAUUCAUGAGCCCGUUUACAAUACGCGUGAAGAGACUAUUUCAGCAACUCUGGAUCGAUGGAGUGGAUUGGGAUGCCAAACUUCCAGACCAAGCUCAGUUGGAAUGGAAGGCGUGGUGCACAGAAUUGCCCACUCUGCGUCUCGUCAGCGUGUGUCGACACGUUGGGAUAUACUCUUCGAACGGAGCCAGACACGUGACUCUUUAUGCUUUUUCAGACGCCAGCAUGCAUGCGUACGGAGCAGUCGUGUACGCUUGCGCGCAAGAGCCACAUUCAGAUGUUAAUCUACUGGUGUCCAAGUCCAGGGUUGCCCCUCUGAAAGAACUCACACUUCCCAGGCUGGAGUUGAUGGGAGCGCUCGUGGCUGCAAGGCUCGUCAACUAUGUUCGAACAGCCUUAGAGGACUGCGCAGUUGAAUGCCAUUACUGGACGGAUUCGACAAUUGUGCUCGCUUGGAUCCGUCACCACCCGUCCCGUUGGAAUCCUUUCGUAGCCCAUCGAGUUUCAGAACUACGCACAUUAAGCGAUCCUGAUAUGUGGAAGCAUUGUGUCGGGGAAGACAAUCCCGCAGAUUUGAUAACCAGAGGUAUCUCGGCACAUCGCUUGGUGGAGGAGGAUCUUUGUUGGCACGGUCCAAAAUGGCUGAAGGAUGAUCCUUCUGAGUGGCCAAAUGCCAAUGGUUUCAACGACACUGACGUCGAGUUGCGACGUCUUUGCGGGUCCUCUGUAUGGAAGACAGAGCACCAAGAAGUACUACAUCGUCCUCUUUACCUGCGCAUUAACGAGGGCUGUACACCUUGA